AUGCCUGCCUUCAUCUCCCAGACAUCCUCCCAGGUGUCUCUCACCGACAUCAAGCUUGAGUGCGAAUCAGGCUAUGUCUCUGGGCAAAACUCAGAAUACUCAUCGCCAUCAUCAUCAACCACUCUCCCCAAGGUCUCUCUGACCAAGGCCCACAUCAACCAUCUCAACGAUGUGCUCGAGGACAUGCACCCCAUGGAUAUCCUCCGGUUCUGCAAGGUCAUGUUCCCUAACCUGUACCAAUCGACUGCCUUUGGUCUGACCGGCCUCGUCACCAUGGACAUGCUUUCCAAAAUCCAGAAGGAGCACCCCAACACACCCACCGUUGAUCUCAUCUUCCUGGAUACCUUGUACCACUUCAAGGAGACACACGACCUGGUCGACCGAGUCAAGGCCCGAUACCCCAACGUUCCUGUUCACAUCUUCAAGCCUGACGGUGUCAACACUACCGAAGAAUUUGAGGAGAUGUACGGCAAGGAGAUGUGGAACACCUCCAGUGAGAUGUACGAUUGGAUUGCCAAGGUCGAGCCUCUCCAGCGAGCAUAUGACGAACUAAAGGUCGCUGCCGUGCUCAACGGCCGCCGCCGAUCUCAGGGUGCCGCUCGCGGUUCCAUCCCUAUCAUCGAGGUGGAUGAUGAGCGUGGUGUCAUCAAGAUCAACCCUCUGGCCACUUGGUCCUUCAAGCAAGUCAACAACUACAUCAAGGAGAACAACGUCCCAUACAACGCUCUCCUCGACCAGGGCUACAAGUCCAUCGGUGACUGGCACUCCACUGUUCCCGUCAAGGAGGGAGAAGAUGAGCGUGCUGGCCGAUGGAAGGGCCAGGACAAGACCGAGUGCGGGAUUCACAACAAGCAAUCUCGAUACGCCGAUUUUGUUGCCAUGAUGGAGCGCAAGCAGCAAGAGGAAAAGCUCGCUGCUGCUCUGGAAAAGGUGGCUCUGCCCACUGUCUAA